GGUAACUCUCAGUCUUUGUCUGGAAGCCUUGACUUUGCCACCAUGUUGCUGUCUGUGCUGAUGCUGCUGCUGGUGGUUAGUGGUGCACAAACUGCUUAUUAUGGAAUUGUCUAUACCUACUCUGCUGGAGACAUUCAGCAAGAUGCAUUGCCAACACUGAAUUCUUUUAAGCUGAGCUUCAGCUCAUGUGAAGAGCUCGACUCAUGGCUUUGUGAAGGAAACUGUAGUGUGCUGGACCUUUACGUAAUUGAUGAAAGCAGAGGCGAAUGGUGUCAGAAAGAGUACAUUGUGAAUAUUCCUGAUACAGUCCUGACUAUACUUGAUGCUGCAGCUGAUUAUCUUCUACUUUCUGCAAACUGGACAGAAAACAGAAAUGGGAUUGUAUCAAUUGCAACAGCACCGCUUAUUGACUUGAGAAACCGGUCUGAUAUCAACAAACCCAACUCAUCACCACAGACCACCAUCCUCCCUCUACUGAGAGUUCCUUCAAACUGUCAAAGAAACAUCAACUUGUUGGUUUCUGACCCUAACGGAGAUAACAUUAGAUGCAGAUAUGCAGCUAGUCCAGAGUGUGAAACCUGCACACCACCGUCUGUCCUCAGCGUCUCACCAUCUUGUAUUCUGUCAUUCAGUCCCACCAACAGCACCGAUGAAGGUCCGUAUGCAGUGCAGCUGGUGAUAGAGGACUUUCCAAGACAGAUCAUCACUUUGACUAAUAGCAGUGGUUCACAGGAGGUGAAAACUUCCAGCGAUGUCCUCAGCAAGAUCCCUGUCCAGUUUGUUUUUGGAGUGGAUCCUGCAGCACCGUCCUGCACAGAAGGUCUGUAUCUGCCCAGGUUCCUGCCUCCAACUCCUGAGAACGGAGCUCAGAUCAGCUCCAAUGUUAACCAGAUUCUGGAAAUCAGCAUCAGCGCAGAGGCAACCCAGGCUGUGAUCACUGAGCUCCUGUUCAGCGGGCCACGCAAUGUAGCCAAGAGUUCAUCAGGAUCAGGAAACUUCACCCUGACAUGGACACCAUCUGCCGGUGAUGAAGGACUGAGCCACACCUUCUGCUUUGUUGUCCAAGCAAAUUUCUCCAGCUCUGUGUACCAGUCUGACCUUCGGUGCGUCCUUGUGACGAUUCUGGGCAGCCCAACAACCACUCCUGUGACUACACCUGUACAGUCAACAAUUACAACAUUUGCACCAUCCUCCACUACUACACCUGCACAGACAACAACUACAACAUUCCCACCACUCUUUACACCUUCAUUAAAUGCGUCUACUCUCAUACCGGCCCCAAGACCAUAUUAUGUUUUGGCUCUGAAUGCAAAGAUCUCCACUACACUAUCACUGGAGAAUGAUGCUGGAACCAUCACCACACUGAUCAAACGUGAGAUGAUAAAGUAUGGGGUUCCAUCAGAUAUAAUUAUAGAGCUGCGAAGCAAUGGUAAAGUGCUAGUUACAGUCUCUCCCUAGUGGCUAAAUAUGAGAAUGAAUCUCAUCCUUGCUGGGAAAUCUGUCUUGAUAUAUAAUGUUUUUAUUUAAUCUCUCAUCUGGUUUAUGGGUUUACACUUAUUUUAAUUAAUGAUGAUAAAAAAAUGUUUUACUCUUGUGUUUAAUGUGAUAAAAUAGUGUAAAGUCAGAAUACUUUAAUGCAAAUAAUUUCCAAUUGUUUAUCAAUUAAUCAAACUGAAUAAAACGAUUUCAUACCACCCUCCGUUGGCCUUAUAUUAUCAAGUCUUUUAAGUGACAGUUUUUGGAUAAAACAUUGGCAGGUUGUUGCCAGAAGAAUUUAUUGAUAUAGCCCGAGGUCUUUCAUGUAAUUUAGGUUUCUCCAUGUAAUUCAAUAAUCACUUCAAGAUAAUAAAAUCAAGGUUUUUUGCAUUCUUUGUAAUUAUAUUAAAUAUUCAUUGUUUUUCUUUACACUGGGUGUGGUUUUGAUGACAUUUCCUGCAGGUUUUAGCUUUUUGUUUGGUUAAAACAAAUAAAUUGCUAAUGCAGAUGCAGGCUCUCAUAGUGAAAAUGUUUUAGAGCUAAAGAGCCAGAAGAUCUGGUACAAUGCAACUUUCACCUAUGCUCAUAAAAAACAUAUCCUGAAUACAAACAUCUAAAAUUGACUUCUUCUGUUUUGUGGCUGGGCUUUGCCUUAGAGAUAUGGAGCAGAACAUGCGGAGUUCUGUCAUCUGUGUAGAGGUUGGAGGUUCAUGCAUUUGAUUAGCAUGCCUCUUGUGUGCUUUCUAGAACCAGAACAGUAACUGUCAGGAUAGAAGUAGAGAACAUGUGCAUUCACGGGUAUUUUGUUUGGUCUGUGAAACUCCUCCAUCUGUAUUCCUCAGUCUGUACUCUGCUUGUACAAUAAAGAUUAUGACCAAAACCUUA